AUGAGAUGGAAUAAGACGGAAUGGAAUGAGUUUAUUACCACUGAAGAAGGUUUUGAAAAAGAAAAUAGUGUAUUGCUUUUGAGCGUUGAAUGCGGUGGAGUUGGUGUUGGUGCAGGUUUCAAAAAAGAGAACGUUACUGUGGUUGUUGGUUUCAAUUUUGAUAGUGCGGUGGAGUUGGUGUUGUGCGGUGGAGUUGGUGUUGGUGCAGGUUUCAAAAAAGAGAACGUUACUGAGAUUGUUGGUUUCAAUUUUGAUAGUGCGGUGGAGUUAGUGUUGUGCGGUGGAGUUGGUGUUGGUACAGGUUUCAAAAAAGAGAACGUUACUGUGGUUGUUGGUUUCAAUUUUGAUAGUGCGGUGGAGUUAGUGUUGUGCGGUGGAGUUGGUGUUGGUACAGGUUUCAAAAAAGAGAACGUUACUGUGGUUGUUGGUUUCAAUUUUGGUAGUGCGGUGGAGUUGGUGUUGUGCGGUGGAGUUGGUGUUGGUACAGGUUUCAAAAAAGAGAACGUUACUGUGGUUGUUGGUUUCAAUUUUGAUAGUGCGGUGGAGUUGGUGUUGUGCGGUGGAGUUGGUGUUGGUACAGGUUUCAAAAAAGAGAACGUUACUGUGGUUGUUGGUUUCAAUUUUUAA